CAGCAUCCUCCCCUCUCCACUUCUACCUUCACGCUCACCUCUUCACGCCUCCCUCUCAGCUCCUCUCGCCGCCUUCCUCUUUUUUCUUUUUUUUUUUUUGUCACCUACUAACACAUAUCAUCUUCUCACAUCUCCCCGUCUGCUUGUCUCUCCCUCCUCCGUCUCCUCUCAUCCUUCCUCCGUUCUCACACACUUAACCUUGCUGUCUCACGCAAAUGCACGCAAACAGACACUCAUGCUGAUUGGCACCCAAGGACAGAGCAGCCUCUCUACCCAAACCGGCCGGCCGGCUUCUCUGACCGGUGCAGCCGGUCUUCUUGACACUGAGCGCAGCUGAGGAAGAGGAUAAAGGAAGAGGCCAUGGAGCACAGCCACAUCUUCCCUGUUUUCCCCCCAAACGGGAGCAGCUGGAGCGCGGGGCAGAAUCCCUCGGAGGCUGCCCAGGGAUGCCCCCUGGGACCGCUGCCCGUCAUCUACUACAGCAUCCUGCUCUGUCUUGGCCUGCCGGCUAACAUCCUGACAGUGGUUAUCCUGUCCCAGCUGGUGCUGCGUCGUCAGAAGUCGUCCUACAACUAUCUCCUGGCUCUGGCAGCCGCCGACAUCCUGGUUCUGCUCCUCAUUGUUUUCGUCGACUUCAUCCUGGAGGAUUUCAUCCUGGCGGCGCCGCUGCCGCCGUCGCUGAACAGCGCGGUGCAGGUGCUGGAGUUCUCCUCCAUCCACACCUCCAUCUGGAUCACCGUGCCGCUCACCAUCGACCGCUACAUCGCCGUCUGCCACCCGCUGCGCUACCACACCGUCUCCUACCCGGCCCGCACGCGGAGGGUGAUAUUCGCCGUGUACAUCGGGUGCUUGCUCUCCGCGGCGCCGUAUUACUGGUGGCCCGAGCUGUGGCACAGCCUGCCGGGGGUCGGAGGUGGGGGUGGAGGUGACGGAGGGGGGGGAGGAGGAGGGGAGAGCAGCAGAAGAACGGCGGCCCAGCACGUCCUGGUCUGGGCCCACUGCGCCACGGUGUACCUCCUCCCCUGCACCGUCUUCUUCUCCCUCAACGCCGUCAUCGUCCGCAAACUCCGCAGGCGCCGCAGCUGCUUCCGCCUCCGGGGUUACUCCACCGGCAAGACCACCGCCAUCCUCCUCGCCAUCACCUCCAUCUUCGCCGUUCUGUGGGCGCCGCGCACCCUCAUGAUCCUCUACCACUUCUACUCCCCGCCCCCGACCUCGCCAAGUGCCGGGCGGCUGCUGCACGUGCUCACCGACCUGGCCAACAUGCUGGCGCUGCUCAACACCGGCGUCAACUUCUUCCUCUACUGCUUCAUCAGCAAGCGCUUUCGAGGCAUGGCGGCCAACGUGCUGCGAGCCCUGGUGCACUGCCGCAAGCAGCCGCCGCCUUUCUACGCCAGCCACAAUUUCUCCAUCACGAGCAGCCCGUGGAUCUCGCCCGCCAACUCCCACUGCAUCAAGAUGCUGGUGUACCAGUACGACAAAAACGGGAAGCCCAUCUGCAUUUCCUCCUGAGCCCAGAGCUGCCAGCAGCCGUCAUCGCCAUCGGUCGUUUGGGGAACGUAGUCAGGCUUUCUCUCCAUGGCAACCAGCUUUGCACACACGGGACUCUUUGAGGUUUGAAAAUGUCAACACGCCCAGAGAGCUCGGAGGUGGCAGUUUAGCUAGCACUGAGAGAUAACAUUGUAGUUAGCUAGCGAGGUGGAAAAGCCAGCAGCAGACGCAUGG